AUGCUCAUCGCCAUCAACUCUAUCCUACUGGUCAUACUCGUAGGAGCAGUACUUGUACUCUAUUCAACCCAGCGCUCUGCACAGCAACAGUCGCUUCUGGAUAACAUAAACACAAACUCAUUGUUGUCAAAGGCAUCAGGAUAUUCACCCGUCUUUGAUCGGUAUACCUUUUCCUUUGAGAAAGUCUUUCAUAAGAACGAACUGCUCAGCGACGAUGUCCUUCGCCAGCGGCCGAAUAAUGCAACCGAGGAGGCAUGGCACGAGCUUUCAAAAUUGUCUACAAUAACUAUUAGUGCAGAUGAUGUGCGGAAGCUCGGCCAAGACCCGGCCAAGAUAACUCAUAUGCCAGGAGAUCCCAACUCGUUCCCCGCGAUGCUCUCUGUCACGCACCAACUGCAUUGCAUCAACCACCUGAGAAUGGGGCUGGAAGGUCCUCAUUACCUCCAUGGCAAGGAGAGAUCCCGCCAUGACUGGGAGCACCUCUACCACUGCUUGCACUUCCUCACCCAAAUAGCGACUUGCCACUCAGACGUUGACCUCAUCCUCUGGCACUGGUACGAGAACAUGAUACAGCCGCAGCCAGAGUUCAGCGGCGAUUUCCAGUGCCGCAACUUUGACGGCCUCAAAUCAUGGGUUGACAGCGUCGGAUUCCCCACGGAGGAUGUUUGGUACUUCAAGCGUGAGGGUGGCGAGCAUGAUUGGCCCGUCGAUCCCGCGUACCUCGAAUAUUUGAGACAGCAUCCGGAGGAAAACAAAAGCGACUCGGAGGAGGAUUGA